AUGUCUAGUCGUGAAGCAUGGCAGCUCUCAUAUAUUUUGUUUCCAGCGCUAGUGCUUGUGCACCUCUACAUCUCUCCAUAUACGAAAGUGGAAGAGUCGUUCAAUAUCCAAGCCAUCCAUGACAUCCUCAAAUAUGGUGUUCCAACACACAAUGUCUACCUCAAACUCAAAGCACAGUAUGACCAUAUGACCUUCCGCGGGGCAGUGCCCAGAACUUUCAUCGGUGCCCUUGUCGUCGCCACAGCAGCGCAGCCGAUCGUCUGGAUGUGGCCUGGCCAACUCGAUGGAGAGCAACAGCAAAUGCUGGUGCGAGCUCUCUUGGGUCUAUUCAACGCGGCAGCCCUCAUCAGUUAUGCCUCUGGUGUGAGGAGAGCAUACGGCAAGCUCACUGCAGCAUGGUACACGGCGCUACAGGCCAGUCAAUUCCAUCUGCUAUAUUACUCAUCUCGGACUCUUCCGAACAUGUUCGCUUUUGGUAUCAGUACAUUUGCUCUACGAUUCCUCCUACCAAGCCACUCAACUCCGGAACUGCAGGCCAAGCACGCCCGAUUGGCAUUAUAUCUCCUGACGCUGGCGACGGUGAUUUUCCGCUCCGAACUUGCGUUGUUGCUUGGCUCGCAGUGUCUGUACAUGCUGUGGAAGACGCGCAGCGUAGCCUCGGCCAUGGCUUUGAUUCGAAGAGUCUUCCUCCCGGCCAUUGUGGCCGCCACCAUUGCAGGUCUGCUUCUGACCGUCGCCAUCGACACCUACUUCUGGCAAUCCCCGCGUCUAUUGUGGCCUGAACUCGCUGCAUUUUUGUCCAAUGUGUUCCCUUCGCAAGACAGUCUGGGCGCAUCAGCCUGGGGCACGGCCCCGUGGCACUGGUACUUCACGUCUGCUCUACCACGACUUCUGUCCAACCCAGUAUUGCUGUUGAUUCUGCCCCUUUUUAUGAUUGCCCCAACCGCACUACGUCCUCAACUGGCCGACCUGAUAAUCCCGUCCCUGGGAUAUAUCUGUCUCUAUUCAUUUCUACCGCACAAAGAGACGAGGUUCUUGUUCCCCGUCGUUCCACCCAUUGCGGCGGCCGCUGCUCUCUGCGCGAAUUACAUGUUCGUGCGGAGAGGGCGGUCUCUUUUCUUCCGCCUCAGCACCUAUCUACUAGUGCUCAGCACGGCCAUGGCAGCCAUCUUCUCCCACGGUGUGCUUCUGCCGCUGUCUGCGCAAACGUACCCGGCCGCCCAUGCCCUGAAGUCACUACACUCUCUAACUCUCAACUAUGGCCCACAGCCCGUCAUCCGUGUCCAUCUCACCAAUCUGGCUCUACAGACCGGAGUGACGCGAUUCUUGGAAUCGCCGCCCCCACAUAUCGCCAAUCGUCCCGUCUUCACACUCCCAGGCUCCGCUGACGGGCGUAAGCCGACCAUCACCUCGACACGGCCGACGGCGUGGAUCUACGACAAGUCCGAUAACAGCAGCUCGGAGUUUCUCUCGCCGGAUUUCUGGUCUCAAUUUGACUAUGUCGUCGUCGAGGAUCCCGAGGUCCCUGUCGGCGGUGUGUGGGAUGUGGUCGACAAAGUGCCCGCUCUCGGGAGACCUAAACUCUUGAAUCCCUCCACGGGACGUGGCUUACUGGUCUUGGGUCCGCCACAGAAAAGGAGGGAGGAUGAUGGCCUGUCCCGUCUCGCGGAGGCAAUGUACGGAAACGUGGGCAAGUGGGUGUAUGGCGUACUGCAUGAUCUGAUACGAGAAGGAUUUGGCGCCGAAUUCGUGUUCGACUCAGGCUGGAGCUGGACCAAGGGUUGGUGGCUGCAUUGGGGAUUGGAGCCGAAAUUGUAUAUUCUCAAAAAGGCGAGAGGUUAG